AAAACAAGAAUGCUUGAAUUAAUUAAUAUCAUGUCACAGAUUCUAUGAUAAAACUGUCUGAUAAAUUUGGAUUUUUGACAUUCAGAACCAAUAUUUUAGUUCACUUUAGCGUCUCAUCCUCAACAAUGGACAAGCUGGUUUAUCUUCAUCACUUAUACUUGAGCUGCCUUAGGACAUUUGUAUUUGCAUCAUCUUCCUGUCAUUUUGCAAGUGCAGUAAAGGUUCACACUUUUCCAGUCUGUCAUUACCAGACUGUUAUUGCAACUGACUGGAAAGUCCCACAAAUAUAAGAGGAAUAUAAGAGGAAUCAGUGAAGAUAACUUUUAUCAAAGGAGCAGUUCAUCAAAGACGCAGUUCAUCAAAGUAACGUCUUGGUCUCGUUGACAGGAUUCUUCUGCUUUCCAGAGUGAAGAUGGUGGACUAUGAAGUGACCGUUUCCACUGUUGAUAUCGCCACUGCCACCACUUUUAACAAUGUCUUUAUUAAGCUGGUGGGCACAGAAGGGGAGAGCGAACACACAUGGCUCAUAAGCUUAAAAGGAGCUUUAUCAUUCAUCAGAGGAGCGGUGUCUACAUUUACUGUGUCCUGCCCUGUCUCCAUUGGCAAGCUGGUUCUGAUAGAGCUAAACUUAAAGCAUAUCCCACUGUUCUCAGAAGACUCUUGGUUCCCUGCCAAGGUCGAGGUUAAAUCCCCUGAGGGAGACACCUACAACUUUCCCAUCUACCGCUGGCUCACUGACAGUGAGGUCCACCGCUUCAGAGAGGGAACAGCUCUGAGAGUCUUCGAAGACAGCCAUCAUCUUGGCAGGUACAGCAGGCAGCAGGAACUGACUCAACGUGAGAAAGACUAUCGCUGGGAUAAGUAUGAAGAGGGAAUACCCCACUGCAUGAAGGCAGACAACGCUCAAUCUUUGCCUUGUGAGGUUCGCUUCUCCUUCACCAAGACCACAGAGUUCUUCUUCACUGCAUCAACUGGGCUGACUGAGCUGCAACUUAAAGGACUAUCUAGUUGCAAGAAGAAGUGGACUAAUAUUGACGCUAUCAAUCGGGUUUUCUGCUGCAAACGGACUGAUAUAUCAGAUUAUGUCCAGAAACAUUGGAAGGAGGAUGCCUUUUUCGGCUACCAGUAUCUAAAUGGUGUCAACCCCAUGUUGAUCCGACGUUGUUCAACCCUGCCUGGUAACUUUCCUGUCACUGACGACAUGGUCUUCCUCCGUGGUAAAUGUAGCUUGGCAGAUGAAAUGAAGAAUGGCAACAUAUUCUUGUGUGACUACAAGCAGUUGGAUGGACUGAAAACAAACACCAUCAAUGGGAAGAAGCAGUACUUGAUGGCUCCACUUGUCCUUUUCCACAAAACAUCCGAUGAUAAACUGAUGCCAAUUGCUAUUCAGCUGAAACAGACUCCAGCAGAUGAUAACCCUAUCUUCUUUCCUACUGAUUCUGAGUAUGACUGGUUGAUGGCCAAGAUAUUUGUGAGAAGUGCAGAUUUCCAAGAGCAUCAACUCAAUGUUCAUCUGCUGCGCACUCAUCUGCUGGCUGAAGUGUUUGCAGUUUCACUGCUGCGCAACGUUCCCAUGGUGCAUCCACUGUACAAGCUCCUGGUGCCUCACACUCGCUACACUCUGCAGAUCAACUUUUUAGCUCGAAUUGCUCUAAUAUCCAAGACUGGGGUUUUCACACAGUUUGCAGCCUCUGGUGGAGAGGGUAUGAAGACACUCCUAAAGAGAUCACUGUCCUCAAUGACCUACAGGUCCCUCUGCAUACCUGACGACAUUGCGGAGCGUGGACUGAAGGAUGUGCCAAACUUCCACUACAGGGAUGAUGGACUCAAACUUUGGGAUAUCAUCCAUAGGUUUGUGCAGGGAGUGCUCAGCUUCUACUACAAGAAUGACGCUGAGGUCCAGCAAGAUUCUGAACUGCAGCAGUGGAUUUCAGACAUUUUUGAGCAUGGAUUUCUCACCCAAGCAUGCACAGGAAUUCCACAGAGCUUCACCACUGUGGCUGAAAUGGUCAAGUUUGUCACCAUGGUGAUCUUCACUUGCUCGGGAAAGCACUCAGCUGUGAACACUGGACAGUAUGACUAUGGUGGCUGGAUGCCCAACACUCCCAUCUCCCUGCAACUUCCUCCACCAACCACAAAGGGGACAACAAGUGAGGCCACAAUGCUCCAGACAUUCCCUGAUGUCAACAUAACAGUAAAGGGCAUGUCCACCCUGUGGCUACUUAGCAAGCAGUCCUCUGAUUUUGUGCCUCUUGGCCAGUACCCAGAGGACCAUUUCAGUGAGGAGAUUCCUUGCAAGCGGAUAAAGGAUUUUCAAGGAGAUCUUGAAGUGUUAAGUGCAAUCAUCAAAGCCAGAAACAACAGUCUGGACAUUCCAUACACAUACAUGGAUCCAAAGAUGCUGGAAAACAGCGUGGCCAUUUGAACAUUAGAAGCUGUGAGCUCCUCAGCUGUCGGCCAAAUUCAGCUUCAUACUAAAAACAGAGAGAAAGGGAAGAACUGUAUGUUCUGUUUUAACCAUAGACUGUAUAAAUAAUGGACAUAGCUACCAUGUCUAUGGAGUCUAUAGAGAUUCACUCUGUUGGAGCCAGCCUCAAGUGUCCAUUCGGAGAUAUGGAGAUUUUGACACUCCCACAUUAUCUUAAUUUUUCAGCCUCUGAGGUUGCCGCUUACUUUUAACUGAUAAAUUUCUGCAUGAGGUAGUUGUUUGCUAAGCUGUGAUUUUGAUAUGCCCAGAUUGAAUCUAACUGUGGUAAAAAUGCAUAGUUUUUUUUAAUCCAUAUCCAAAAUCUUCCAAUUAAUUUGUCAAUGAAUAUAUACAAGGCAAAAAAGAAUACAAUUUAAAUUACACAAUUUGAUAGUGCUGCUUUGAGAAGUUUCUUUUAAAUAUAUGUGUCUCUUAUGGGCGAAAUGUCAUAAUUUGCGGUUAUCUGCCCUCACUGGACUAUUUUAUUUUUUCUUUGUCAAAACAAGCAUAAUUGGAUCAAUUAAUAUCAUGUUAUAAUUGC